AUGGGAAGCUGGCUUCUGAUUUAUCUUGGAUUGCCUCUCGGGGGAAACCCUAGGAGCUUACCAUUUUGGGUCACAGUUAUCGAGAGAGUGGAACGAAGGUUAGAAGGAUGGAGCAAGGCGUUGUUAUCUCAAGGGGGAAGACUGACAUUAAUUCAAGCAGUGUUGAGUAGCCUACCAACUUACUAUUUAUCUUUAUUUCGAAUUCCUGCUAGUGUGGCAAAGCGCUUGGAGAAGAUAAUGAGGAACUUUCUGUGGGAGGGUGUUGAGGAAGGCAGGAAGGAUCAUUUGGUGAAUUGGGAGGUAGUGUCCUUACCCAAGGAAAAUGGGGGACUUGGGAUAGGAAAUCUAAGGAAACGUAAUGAGGCCUUACUUGGGAAGUGGCUAUGGAGAUUCCAAAAUGGGUUUCCAGCUGAAUGGUUGGGAUUCUAA